CAGUUCCUGGUCCCCCACUCUCUCAGCCCCACAGACCCUGCCCCAGCUAUGGGUCCUGGGGCUGCCCCGCCGAGCCCCAGCCCUGUCCUGGCUGUGCUGCUCUUCUCCUCUUUGGUGCUGGCCCCGGCCCAGGCCAUCGUGGUUUACACGGACAGGGAAGUCCAUGGCGCUGUGGGCUCCCGAGUGACCCUGCACUGCUCCUUCUGGUCCAGCGAGUGGGUCUCUGACGACAUCUCCUUCACCUGGCGCUACCAGCCCGAAGGCGGCCGCGAUGCCAUCUCGAUCUUCCACUACGCCAAGGGACAGCCCUACAUCGACGAGGUGGGGACCUUCAAAGAGCGCAUCCAGUGGGUAGGGGACCCUCGCUGGAAAGACGGCUCCAUUGUCAUACACAACCUGGACUACAGUGACAACGGCACUUUCACCUGUGACGUCAAAAACCCACCGGACAUCGUGGGCAAGACCUCUCAGGUCACGCUCUAUGUCUUUGAAAAAGUGCCAACUCGCUACGGGGUGGUGCUGGGCGCUGUCAUCGGGGCCGUCCUGGGCGGCGUGCUGCUGCUGCUGCUGCUCUUCUACCUGGUGCGCUACUGCUGGCUGCGCAGGCAGGCGGCCCUGCAGAGGAGGCUCAGUGCCAUGGAGAAGGGGAAGCUGCACAAGGCUGGGAAGGACUCCAAGCGCGGCCGGCAGGCACGUCAUUUUCUCCCCUACCUUCACCCCCUGGCCUUCUGGGAGCCCAGGGCCUGAUCCUACCCUGCACCGCCCCCAAGGACUGUGUGUUUGGUGCCUGUCCCUCCGGCACUGAGAAGAAAGGGACCUUGCUACCCUGCGCCUCGACUCCAGGCCACCUGCACCCCCACCCCCUGUGCCCCCCGGCCUGCCCCUCUGCCUCUCCCCUCCCUGACCCUCCCGGUCCGGCGCCACACUGUGUCCUCCCGGCUAACACCUGGAUCAUCUGGAUCGGACUGUCCUUCAGGGUUUAUUUAGGUGGUUGUUGUUAUUUUUCAAUCCAUGUUUGUUUGUGCACCUGUGUCCUGCUCUGCGCCUCCCCCAUGACUGAGUACCAAUGACGUCAUGUGGAUGUUGCAGUCCCCACCCCCGUAAAAUCCUUCACGGAGAGCCAGCAGGGGGCCCCUCACCCGCAAACCUCAGCUGCAGGACUGGGGCCCCAACCCCCCGGGGGCCCUGUUCUGGGACUCCAGGUCACGGGGAAGGGGAGGGACAGUGGGUCCUCACAGGUCAGGGGGUGAGGAGAGGGGGCCGGUGAGCCUCAAGAAAUGGCUUGUAAACAACCAAACAGAACGGAGGAAAAACACAUAGGAAAUAGGGAGAAAGGGAAGAGGCUGCACUCCCAGCCACAGGGGAUUCUUGGGAUUUUUCUACAUUCUGUAUAUUUCUUCUCAAACCCCCCAAUGCCCUAAUAUGUUUAAUAAACACUGACAUUUCCAGAA